CCCAGGAGCCACUGCGACGUCGCCUGUAGUGGCCUUCGAGCCAACGGUUAGCGCGGAUGGAGGUUGAGAGCGUCGAUUUGAUUAAGAAACCCAAAAGAGGAGGGAUACUCUAUUAGAGACAAGUAAACAGAUGCUCAUAAGCAGACUGGAAAGCAGGAAAUAGCAAGAGGCCCUGAGGAUACAAUGCCCCUUUGCAGAACACAGCAGUUUGGACUGCAGGGACUUACAAAAGAAAUAAACAUAAUUGCCCUCCCUGAGUUUCUAUUGAUAUAGGAGACAUAAGACCCCUAAAAAUGAGAUGGAACAGCAACUUAGAUAGAUGCAGUCUCCCAUGGGGAGCACACAAUAUCUGAGCAGCAACAACCUGGAGGGAUGGAGACAUGAUAAUGGAUUCUGAAUUAAUGCACAGUAUAGUAGGAAGCUAUCAUAAACCUCCAGAAAGAGUGUUUAUUCCAUCAUUUACCCAGAAUGAUGCAGCAUCUCAGACUCACCACUCCACAAACUUAGAAGCCACCUCUCCUAAAAUGCUUCAUAGUCCAAACAGCCAAGCUCUUCUUUUAGCCUUAAAAACUCUUCAGGAAAAGAUUCAUCGUUUAGAGUUGGAGAGAACACGGGCUGAGGAUAACCUAAACAUUCUAUCCAGAGAAGCAGCACAGUAUAAAAAGGCCUUGGAGAAAGAAACAAAUGAAAGAAUUCUGGCACACCAGGAACUGAUAAAACAGAAAAAAGAUAUUACUAUACAGUUAAGCUCAGCUCAGUCUCGCUGUACUCUUCUAGAGAAACAAUUAGAAUAUACAAAGAGAAUGGUUCUCAAUGUAGAACGAGAGAAGAAUAUGAUCCUAGAACAACAGGCCCAGCUUCAAAGGGAAAAAGAACAAGAUCAUAGGAAGCUGCAAGCAAAACUUGAAAAGCUUGAUGUCUUAGAAAAAGAAUGUUUUAAACUAACAACCACUCAGAAAACUGCUGAGGACAAGAUUAAACAUUUAGAGGAAAAACUUAAGGAAGAAGAACAUCAGCGUAAGCUGUUUCAAGACAAAGCAUCUGAACUUCAAACUGGACUUGAAAUCAACAGAAUUUUAAUGUCUUCAGUAUCAAAUCCAAAACACUCUAAGGAAAAGAAGAAGUCUUUGAAGAAAACUAAAUGUUUAAAGGGAGGACCACCUCAGCAAACUUAUUCAAAGUUUGGAUCACUGCCUAUUGUGGCUGAGAAGUCUGCCAGUGCGAGCUGUUCUGUGAAUUCAAGUAUGCAAAGCCUCCUGCAAUUGAUGCAACAUUAUGGGCCACAUACCUGUCAGAAACUUCCUGAAGUUACUGAGCCUCCAUGUCUCUACAAGCCUCUUAGAACAACUUCCCAGGGUAAAGCUGAACCUUCUGAUUCAAAAAUUUCCAUUUCUAUUGGUGACAGUUUGUCUGAACUUUUGAUGGCAAUGCAGGAUGAGCUGGACCAAAUGAGUAUGGAGCAUGAAGACCUACUGAAUCAAAUGAAGGACACUGAAAGUCAUUCGGUCUGUGAAGACAUUGAAUGUGAACUAGAGCAUUUAGUCAAGAAAAUGGAAAUUAAAGAAGAACAGAUUUCCAAACUGUUGAAGCAUCAAGACAAUGUCCGUAAACUGCAGCAAAAAGUUCAAAACUCAAAGAUGAGUGAAGCUUCAGGGAUUCAGCGAGAAGAGAACAACCUUAAAGGAUCAAAGACCAUAAAAAAUAGUCCCAGAAGAUGUUUGCUAACUAACUCUCUUCAGAAGAACAGCAACUUUCAUCCAGUGCAAGUCCAUAAUCUUCAAAUGAAAUUGAGAAGAGAUGAUAUCAUGUGGGAACAGUAACACAAUAGUAAAACUGUCACCUUAAAUCAACUCUGUCAGUGAGAUCUUGAAUUGUCUAGAGUGGUUUUAAUUUAAUAUACCUUUAUGAAAUUUUGAAUUAUGUUUCUAGUCCCUAUGAAGUGUCAAGUUGUAGUAUUUUUUAAAUUAAUGCCUAAUGACCUUCUCAGAGUCACAAAUAAUAAAUGACUGUGCUUUUUUUUCUCUUACU